GAUACUAAAAUAGGGGAAUAUUGAUAAAUGUGCAAGUACAUAUGUAAAUGUUUAACCAAACUGUACGCCUAUUCACUUUUGACAUAAAAUUUUUUAUCUUAACCUAUUUUCUACAGUUUAAAAUUGAUUUAUUGUAUCUCUUAAAGUGGGCUUUUGUGGGAAGGUCAAACAAUAUCUUACUUGUUGUAGAUAACACUUCAUACAGCCUCUGUUAGUGAAACAGGGUUGUUCUGAUAGAACAGACAAACUAACAAACGGUUAAAUUUGGGCCAGUGUACUCCUCCACCCUACUGGUUGAAAUUGGAAUUACAACUGUCGUAAACAACCCUGCUGUAGGUAGCGCUAACAAUGAGCUAACACUAACAUGAGCCGGCUAAUACUAUAAUAAACCACAAAGUAAAAUGACCCACACAGUUGGACGAAAAAUAUUAUUACUUAAAAGUCCAGUAGCAACAAAGCCAGGUCACCAUCAGUUCGUGAUUUUGUAACCUCCUUUAGCUCACCCAAACAAAUGUAGGCUGCACCGAUGUUUGGUUUUAGUUUUUUGCAUUGCCUCCAAAGACAUCACUCUCUUACUUUUAUUUCCAGGCUUAAUGCCAACAAAAACAGCAAAUUUCUUCCUAUUACUGAAAAACCAACUGCUAGCCAUAUGAGCUUACGGAACAGUAAACAGCUGUUGCCAUAAAGCAGGUUUCCACACGUAUUGAGAUGCAGUUCCUGGUCAGCAGAAACUUACAAAGUGCUGUCCAAUGUGAUGUUGCUCAAGUUUCUGGCUUAAGAACCACUGAAACCAGUUUAACAGCAAUAGCUUAAAGUAUUACAAACUCUUUAGCGUUGCUUACAAAAACUGUAAAGACAAAUUAUAGCAAUUCAUUCCAAUUUUAUUUCACACCACAUAUAUACAGAAUUCUCAGGGCUUUUUUUCUCUAUUAUUAGCUGUGAAACUUCUGUAGCAUUUCUUUCUGGAUUUUCAUAACAAUUCUGGAAUAAUGAAAUUUCAACAAAUAACAUUUGCAUAAACUACUUAAACAUUUUUUAGAAUAGAGUUUUUCAGACAUCUUAUGGCCCCAUUUCAUUAGCUUAUAAUAAUCUCAAUAUCUGAGCUGAGGCUGUUCAACAAACAUUAUCACAUAAUUCCGUUCAUGAUAGCCAUGACACAUUUAUUUAUUAUGUAAAUUGAAAAUAAAACUAGAAUAUUUAAUAAUAUUUGGAUUCUAAACAGCCACAUUCAACCCUAAAUUUACAAGCUGCAACGCAAAUGGCUGAACAAAUUAUUUAUGCCAAGAUUGUUGAUAUUUCUAUGUUUAUGUUGCGGUAAAAUAAUAAUGCAAGUAAAAAAUACAUAAGUAAUUUUGUGUUUUUGCUCAAAGUUGCGUGAGAAAACGGGGGAAAGUGUUUUAGCAGGAGCCCCCGAUGUUUUCCGGCCUCUCGUGCGCACUUUACGAGGCUGUUAAUGUAUUUAGAUGGGAGCGCAGGGCGGUGGCCGGUGAAUGAAUAAUCAAAGCGUUUUGACGGUUUCCAGUGGGCGGCGCGUGCUCUGUAUUUACACUGGGCCGCUCCGCCCUGCAUGGGAAGAUAGAAAACUGUCUGCGGGCCGGAGGGAUGGAACAAGUGGAAGGAGAUGUUGCCGACAGGCACACAUUAAUUACUCCGCGACACGCACCGCGCCUCUUCGGGUCUCUUUCCUCUGUUCACCGUGGCAGCCUGAUCCUGCUUCCUGCUUGAGAGGACCAGAGAGAGAGAGAGAAUCGACCGUUUCAGGCUUGCUGCGUCGGAGCUUCAUGGCAGCAACACUGACGAUGAGCCGCGGGCAGGAGGACCCCUUCUAUCCGCUGCAGAAGGCGGCUAUGCCCGCUGGAUUCUCUCUGGAGGACUCGGCGCUGUUCGGCUUGGACUGCAAGAUAUCCGACACGGAGAAGGCCGAGCAGAAUGAGUACACACAGGUAAAGUGUGAGAUGGACAGGUAUCUGUCCCCUCAGCCUCCUUCCUUUCCACUUCAUGCAGCCAGCCAGCACAAGUCGCACAGAGAUGGCACGUCUGCAGUGGAUCAGUUCUUCGGCGAUGAUCACAACGGGGCACCCUACACCCUCAACAUGAAUCUUUACCUCCCAGAUGUGUCCUAUCAGCGGAUGGGCUCCUGUGAGCAGGCGCGGCCCCCUCGCCACCAGAGUCACGCUGGCCUCACACAAAUCAAAACCGAAACUGUGUCCUCGUGUUUCUCCCACAACUUACAACCUCACUGCCCCAACAAUACACCCACAGGUAGCUGCAGCACAUCCAGGCAUGGCCCUGGCAAUAUCACCAUGGAAACCUCAGCCAUGAACAUGACAUUAACGGGGUUACCAGACUUCAUCAGUGUUUUUAACCAGUCAGGAGGAGGCCACGGUGACGACUCAAUGCCAGAAGUGUUUGUCAAACAGGAAAUGUCCCAGUUCGAGCAGCAUGGUCUCCACCAUGAUAACAGCGGCUCGCUUUUUCAUCUCCUGAACUCUGGCUUGGACCAUCACCACAGCACUGGUAUGGAAGCUCAGCAGCAAGAGAUCCAGCCCACUCCUUUCCAAGAUCUGCCAGGAGCUGCUUCUUCCCAACGAGAGCAGAAGCCCCCUUACUGCAGUCUUGGUGGUGGGGCGUACACGCAUACCCACAAUCAGCCACACCACCAAUUCCUGCAGCAGCAGGUCCCCUACCUACCGCCCUCUCCGCCAAAUUCUGAGCCGGGCAGCCCCGACAGGCAGAAGGAGCUGCUCCACACCAUGUCCCCUCCGCCAUCAUAUGCAGCCACUAUCGCAUCCAAGCUGGCAGGCACCUCCCCGGGACUCGGACCCGGCCAGGGUCCCGGCGCUUUCGCCCUGUCCGUCUCUGCAGGUCCCGCGCCACCCCAAGGUCCAGCUCCCGUCCUUCCUCAAGUCUCGGCAGCAGCCACAACGCAGAACCCCGGGCCUGUCCGCUACAAUCGGAGGAACAAUCCAGACUUGGAGAAGCGCCGGAUCCACCACUGUGAUUACCCAGGCUGCAAGAAGGUCUACACCAAGUCGUCUCAUCUGAAAGCCCACCUCAGGACACACACGGGUGAGAAGCCCUACAGGUGUACGUGGGACAGCUGCGACUGGCGAUUCGCCCGUUCGGACGAGCUGACGCGUCACUACCGAAAACACACCGGCGCCAAACCCUUUCAGUGUGCCGUCUGCUCCCGCUCUUUCUCCAGAUCCGACCACCUCGCCCUGCACAUGAAGAGGCACCAGAACUAGCAAUAUUUACACACACACACACACACACACACACACCAGUGGUGUGCCAUACAAGCUCCAUCCUGACAAACAUGAAGCUGUGUGAUGCAGAGUGACUUUUACUGACUUCAGAGCUCCUCCUGGUGCUGCUGUUGCAUCCUACAACAGAACGAUAGCCUAACAAACGUGUGGCUCUUAGCCCAGAGUGGGACAUUUAGGAGGUUAAAAAGUAGGAAGAUAGUGGCUAAAGUCUGGCCUAAUAACCUCCAAAUUAAACUUGCUUUAGAUUUCUUUGGACAAAUGCAAAGAAAACACGCCAUAAGGUAAAGCAAACUGUAGCUCCUAAAGAUGUUUCCUGUUCAUUUGGACUCUUGAAUCGAAUGGAACGAAAGACUAUAAAAGCAAAACCAUCGGUUUUUGUCACAUUGUAGAAUUUCUUAAAACAAAUUCUUUGUUUACUCAUUGGUUAUUUUGUUUAUAUAACUGGAACAUCCAGAUUGUUUUUAACAAAAUCCUUAGGUUUGCACUAGAACUCAUUCUUACUCAUCCCCCAUUUUUUGUUUUGUUAGAUUUUAUUUUUGAAUCUCAUGCACCACUGGAACGACGGUUAUCACUACUGGACUGAUUCUUUGCGAACGCCACGUCAUUGCUGUUCAGAUAUUAAAUAUUGAAAGCAUUUAUACUCUUGAGACACGGAAGAUGAAGCAGGAAGAAAAGUGAGAGAAGGGGGUGGGUGGAGAUAGAGACUGAAAGAUAUUUUAUAGAGAGGGGGAGAUCUGCGGAUGACUGAGUAACACAGGGACAUGGGUGGAUGGUAAAGAACAAUUAGAUGAUCAAUUAUUUAGGCUGCGUGUUAGAUGGAUUUCUAACCAGAGAAGUGUAAGCGAGCUUGGAGAUCAGUCGGUUAGUAUUUGAUGCACAAGUUAGAAUCAGUGAUACUCAUGCAGAUGUGCCAUCUGAUGUUUUACUUCCUUUUAACCAAAGUGUCAUCAUCAUCAUCAUCAUCAUCAUCAUCAUCAUCAUCAUCAUCCUCUUAUGAAGUGCCUCCUUCUCUAGUUGAUGUGUUUCUGUUCUGUGGUACCAGAGCUGUAUUCAGAGUGAUCGGCUCUCGUAAACACACAUGGUGCUGUUUUUAUUUCUUGUUCAAGACUCAAUUUGAGGGGAAAAAACAACUUUAAAAUUUUUAAACUGACCGUCUUCAUUGUAAUAUAACAGCUCAGCUCUGGCCACCACACAGACAUCCCAACAUCACGUGGAACCUUUUCUACUAAAGUCUCAGUCCGUCUUUUCUACAAGAUUGGUUUCAGCCUCUUGACUUUGUAAACAGCAAACUAGCAAAAUGGCUCAAUCAGCCUCUCAAACAUGCUCAGUUAAAGGACAGAUUUACUUUAUUUUUGUGAUUUUUUGUUUUUGUUUAUUUUAUUGCCGACUCGUAGAAUUUGAGCUCACAUUUCUAGAGAACCUUGACUUUAUUCCUCAUCUCUUGCACUGAAAUUUCUCUAGGAAAACAUUUUAAAGACAAAAAAAUACAACUAAAAAUGUUUCUUGAAAAAUGUUAUGCUAUAUAAAUAAAGCAGAAUUAAACAUCAUAUGUAACACACAUUCAUUAAGAUGUUACUGAGCCACUAAAGGGACAUUGGUUUAAAAAGAAAACAGUUUCUUGUGAGCACCAAAUAUUAUCUCGUAAGCACCAAAUGUGAGCAGCAAAUAUCAUCUCGCUAGCACUGGAAACUCUCGUGAGCACCAGCUGUUAUCUUGUGAGCACCGGACAUUAUUUCGGGAGCACGAGAAAUUGUCUCGUGAGCACUGGAUGUGAGUACCAGAUAUUGUCCUGCGAUCACUGGAAAAUGAUCUCGCGAACAAUGAAAAUUAUCUCAUGAACACCAGAUAUUAUCUUGUGAGCACCGGAUGUGAGAACCAGAUAGUAUCUAGCGAGCACUGAAUAUUAUUUUACGAACACCAGAUAUCAUCUCACGAGCACUGGAAAUUAUCUCGUGAGCACUGCAUAUCAUUUCGUGAGCACAGAGGGUUAUCUCAUGCACACUGGAUUUUUUAUCUUGUGUGCACUUGAUAAUAUCUCAUGAUUACCAGACAGUAUUUUGUGUGGGAUACUAUAUGAAGAAGAAGAAACAAUAUUUUGUGAAGCACCUCAAGAUAAAAAUCUAGAGGUGCUUCACAAAAAAAAAGAUAAAAAAAUAAUAAAAAGUGAGAGGAAAAAUGUAGAAAUUUUUAGAAAAAAUGAAUAAAAAUGAAAAAGAAAAUGGUAAUCAAUGGAUCCAAAAAAAAGAGAGACAACAUUGGCAAACACACCAGCAUAAAAAGAAUCUAUUGAGGAAAGAGAGGAUGAACAUCUGGUGUGCAUGAGAAUAUUUUUUCUUUUACAAAUAUCCCUUUAGCAGCUCAGUAAGAUAUCAUUUAUACAUUUCGAAAUAAAAAAUCAACAGUUAUAACCUCCUAGUGUCAGUUUUCUGUAAAAUCAGAAACUUUAAAUGCAAAUUAUUUUUGAAUCUUUUAAGAUUUGUCUUUAGUUUCAGUCUGCUUUUAAUGGAAGCUGUACAUAUGGAGCACAUGAGAUAAAAAUGUGAACCUGUCCUUUAAUAUACACCUGAGCGUUUGAUGGUGGGAUUUAGCCUGAAUCUAUAACUGUAUUUGUUUUAUCACUGCAGGUAGCAUAAAGAUAAUAUAGCACUGUAUGUAACAAGGGAAAUCUGACUAUUUAUUUAAUUGUGUAGAAGCUGGGAUGUAACAGAUCAACUGUCCCUUUUUCCCAGCAAAAAUGCCUUAAUGUAAAUAUAUGCACUGUAAAUACAUUCUGUUCCAUUUUUAUUUUGUAAAGAACAGGGCAGAAAUAGGAAAAAUGUGCCCCGCAUCCAAAAAUUUUGAGCCUUCUUAUUUUUGUUGGUUUUGUCAAAACUAUUUUGAUGCCAUUGUUUUCUAUAUUGUCCUUCCAACAACUUUUUUGUAGCUUCUAUUUUUUUCUUCCAUGGUAAACGUUCCAAAGACAAAAGUUGUUUUUCUUCAACUGAGUGAAACUGACGCUAAUAAAGUCGAUCGACACUUUUA